GUUAAAGGAAAUAGUAUAAAUGGGUAAUGCAUCAAGCGUAGGAUGAGGGGACACUUGCCUCCCAGAAGAGAUGUGUGGUAGUGGCAACACUAUUCUGAAAUACGGAGGCACCGGUGUUAACUCAAAGGAUCAGGUUAUAUACUACUUUUCUGAGGAAAAGAAAAAUUCUCAAGUAGAUAAGACCACUAGUCUUCUUAAAGCUGAGGAAGAUGCUUUUUAUAAGAAAUUGCCAGGGAAAAUCGAAGAUUAUGAACUUUUUAUGUGCUUGCCAGGUAAAAUUUUUGAGCCUUGUACAAAGAAGGAUCUGAAAAAAUACGAUAAGAAUGUCCAGAAGGAGGUUAACCUCAGAAUUAAGGAAUCAAAGCUGAGGGAGCUUUAUGAGCAGCUAGAGGACAUUGAACAAGCACUCUAUGAGUGAGAAGACGAAAAAUCAGAAAAGACCUUAAACCGUAAGAAGAAUGAUCUAGAAGCCAUGAUAGACCGAGCAGAGGAUCUUAAAGAAGAGUGUAAUAAACUAGGAUUGGGAAUGGAUAAGGAGUGUCAUCACUUACAAGGAGAAGUGAUUGUGAAGAAGAAGUAGGUUUUAAAAUAUGUCCUUUAGAUCCAGACUACCUGGGACUGGCACAUUUGGUAGAGAAAUCGGUGCAAAAGAUUUCGAGGAAGACAAAUAAUGUGCAAAUGAAGUACUUUACAUUGUCUGAGUUCCUUGACAUUCUCCCGGAGAUGGUUCGCGAAAAGUUCAAAACUGGCAUUUUGAACCUCGAUCUGGACAAUAUAGAUGACUUAAAUUGUUUCAAUACUAUUGCGAGACGCCUGACAUCACAGGACACCGUUCUCCCUUCUCAGAUAAAGAAGCUUCUAAUUUCAAACAUCGAUGACAAUUCAAGCGGAGAAAUUUUAGGAGACUUGCUUGCUGAGCAUUUACCAGAGGAAUUAGACCACCUCUGUCUAAUAUGGAAUGAUCUGGAGGAGAGUAAUGACGUACUCCUCAAAAAGCUGUGCUACAACAAUGGUACUAUUAGGAAAAAGAUCACUUUCCAAAACUUGGCCAUUAGUAAAGAACUUAAUCUAGAAAAGUUCAUCUCCAAGUUCUUAUUUGAGGUCAAAACCCUUGUUUUCAUCAACUGUAGUUUCAAGAUUAAUGAACUCCAGCUUUUGGAUAAGAAGGACAACUCUAAAGACAAGUUUGAGGAUACCAAGAAGCCUAGCAGAAGUGCUCAGCUCGAGAAGGAACGCCGUCUGAGGGAAGUCAUUUUUGAAGAUUGUGAUUUUGGAAAUAGAUCUAAGAAGAGAAGAAACUCACUCCAGGUUAUUGUUGAGGCCCUUAAUGGGGUCAGAAUUUUAGCAAAGAAGCCUAUAAGUAUUACUAUCAAUGAAUCAAACGCUUAGAUCAGCAAAGCUCUUGCUAAGAAGUUCAAUAGAGAUAAGAAAGUUCAGGUUAAUCCUAAUUAGUUUUAGUCAAUUGAUCAUUUACAGU